AUGAUGGCCAAGAAGCCCCCGAAACCAGCCCCUCGAAGGAUCUUCCAAGAAAGGUUAAAGAUUACUGCUCUACCUUUAUACUUUGAAGGUUUUUUAUUAGUCAAGCGCUCAGAAUACCAGGAAUAUAAACUAUAUUGGACAGAAUUGAGAGGAACUACCCUUUUCUUUUAUAACGACAAAAAAAGCACAAUAUAUGUUGACAAGUUAGACAUAAUAGACCUCACAUGCCUUAAUGAGCAGAAUUCAACUGAUAAGAAUUGUGCAAAAUUCACCCUUGUUUUGCCAAAAGAAGAAGUGCAACUGAAGACAGAGAACACGGAGAGUGGGGAAGAAUGGAGAGGCUUCAUUCUUACAAUAACAGAGCUGUCAGUUCCCCAACAUGUGUCACUCCUUCCUGGACAAGUAAUUAGACUGCAUGAAGUCUUAGAGAGAGAAAAGAAAAGGAGGAUUGAGACAGAGCGGCUGCCAAGUACAUCUCUGGAAGAAGAGAGGGAACCAAUAGAGGAUUAUGUGGAUGUACUGAACCCUAUGCCAGCAUGUUUUUACGCAGUGUCUCGGAAAGAAGCAACUGAGAUGCUUGAGAAGAAUCCUUCAUUGGGAAAUAUGAUCCUGAGGCCUGGUAGUGACAGCAGAAACUUCUCCAUCACUAUCCGGCAGGAGAUAGACAUGCCAAGAAUCAAGCACUACAAAGUGAUGAGUGUAGGAAAAAACUACACUAUUGAACUGGAAAAACCUGUAACACUUCCAAACCUUUUUAGCGUCAUUGAUUAUUUCAUGAAGGAGACUCGAGGAAAUUUACGACCAUUUAUAUAUUCAACUGAUGAAAACCUUGAGACCAAAGGAUUUCCUGUAACAUCUUUAAAAUAA